AUGGAUACCUCACAUGACCCUGCAGAAUACAGUAUAGUGCAGUUAUUAGGAAUGAAGAAUCCGGAAGAAGUUUUAGAGCGAUGGCGCAAUGACACCUCCGCGAAUAAAAUGCCUUUCAAUCACACAUCAUCUACUCAGGAAAUGUUCCUUUCAUCGUACAUAAUUGGGCAUAAAAUGCGUGAAGCCGGUGGAAAGGUAUGAAG